AUGAAGUUCUUAUCAGCCGCCAGCCUCUUGGCUCUCACGGCUCCUCUUGCAAAUGCUGCCGCCUUUUCUAUUUUCGACCCUACGCAGGCUACACUGAAGACGAACAAUAAUGAAAAGUUCCCAGUGAACGGCGAUAACCCCUUGCAGUACUGUGCCAAACCAGACAACUACAGGCUCGAGAUUGAGUCCGUGGACCUGGCACCUAACCCGCCUCUGCCUGGAGCAAAGUUGACCAUCUCCGCCAAAGGUACCCUGCUUGAGAGAAUCGAGAAGGGCGCUACUGUAAACCUAGAAGUCAAGUGGGGUCUUAUCACCUUGAUCAAGCAGACAGUCGAUCUCUGCGACGAGCUCAAAAACGUGGACCUGGCAUGUCCCUUGGAGAAGGGCACGAUGGUCCUGACGAAGGAGGUGGAUCUGCCCAAGCAGAUCCCACCGGGCAAAUACUCCGUUCUUGCUGAUGUUUACAACAGCGACCAGAAGCAGGUGACCUGCCUGAAGGCAGAUGAUAUUGUGUUCCACCUGUAG